CGGGCCGCGCCGCGCCGCGCCGCGCCGGGCCGGGCCGGGCGGUACCGUGAGGGCCGCAGGAUGCGUCUGUCGGUGCCGGCCGCCAUCUCGCAUGGCCGCGUGUUCCGGCCGCUGGGAUCCGGCCCACGGUCGCGCCUCGACAUCCUGCGCAACUUGGUGACGGCGCUGGUGCGGCACGAACGGAUCGAGGCGCCCUGGGCGCGGGCCGACGAGAUGAGGGGUUACGCGGAGAAGCUCAUCGACUACGCCAAGCUGGGGGACACCAACGAGCGCGCCAUGCGCAUGGCAGACUUCUGGCUGACGGAGAAGGACCUCAUCCACAAGCUGUUCAAGGUGCUGGCACCCCGGUUCCAGCCCCACUCCGGCAACUACACCCGCAUGCUGCAUAUCCCCAACCGGGAUAACCUUGACCGUGCCAAAAUGGCAGUUAUCGAGCUCAAGGGAAACCCGUUUCCACCACUCAUCCGCCAGCGCCGCGACAGUGAGAAGACGCUGCUCAACCAGCUCCUGAAAGGCUACAGGGAGGACAUGCAGCAGGCGGCAGCCCCACAGGCCCCCGGGGGCACCCCGGUGUAGGCAGUCCCCUCUGCCCCUGGGUGCACAGGGAUGGGGCUUGGCAUCAGCAACCCAUGCGCCAACCAGCCUGUUGCCGUCGUAGAGUGUGUGGAGGCAGGAUGUCCUGAAGAUUGAUUACUACCCUUGAGUUGCCAUGGUGGAAGCAUGAGGUACUUGCUGCUUCGUAUGGUGUGAAUAGUAUUGGCAAGAGAAGGAAAUAAAGCUGGGAGCCCUAAUGGCUGAUGCACUCUCUGUAAAUAAACUCUGUUCAAAAGUG